GCUGUUACCUCCGGUGGAAAAUCCAAGGGAAUUCACCGCAAACUGACAAGUUCAUUUCGCUCGUUCUUACAAGAAGCAACAGGGUUUUAUUAUUCUUUUAUUCAGAGACUUGCUGCUCAUUUCGAGUUGAAGCAACUGGAUCCUAUCAUCCAAAAGUUUGGGCUAACAAUAGAACCCACCAAUGUUUCUCAACAUUCUUAUUCUGAUGAUAUUAAGCAGAAAGCUGUACUUAGUUGUCAUAAAAGUCUUAUAUUUCUCGGUGAUUUAG